CUCUUCCACUUUAGUGUUCUUUGUAAAAUCUUCAUACGUCAUCAAUGACUCAUCAUGUUUGAACGUGAGUCGCGGGCCUGGCACUUCAUUUGCCCACCAGACCCAACGGCGUAUAUUAGCAACUAAAUAUUACGAAAUAACGUUCAAAACACAACACAAUUGGACUUGUUUUCACUUGAUGGCCUUCGAUAUCUGUUCCAGUUAAUAUCUCGUCGCAACAUAUCGUACCUGCUAUGAGUUGCCAACUAAGUGGGCUUUUCAGCAUUGGCGAGGAUUUUGACGAUGAGGACCUUCUUGGGAGCACCUGGGGGGUUGCACCCCAAACUGUCGUGCCAUCCCGCCCCUUCGGUGCUGCUUGUGUCGCUUCUAGUGAUUCUGGUAACAAACUCCUCCAGAGAUCAGCUUCCCCGUGUUCCCCUUCAUCCUUGGAAACAGCUGCGCCCACUUUGCGGGGGCUCUCCUCUACAAGUCGGGCUCACCCCAUUCUACCAGAACUUAAAGAGCACCACAUUGAGGAGCAGAAGAGACCCACUGCCACUUUGCCACACUCUAUGCUGACUGCUGCCUAUGUCACCCGCAAAGAUUCCAAUUGCAACCUACUACAGCCAGGUGGAGAUUCACUGCAUCUUGCUUUAAAAACAUUGACUCCAACUUUGAAGAAACCUUUAACAGUUGGUCAGGCCUUGGGGCGCCAACCGCUCUCUACACCAGCCUUCCCCGGGCCACAUGUGGGGGCACACCAUAGGCCUGGCACCACUGUGCCAUCCCACACUUUGGGCCGGGAGAAGGUUGUUCCGACUUUGCAGCAGCUCUCUUCCGGCCCUCGAGCUUUUACCUUUCAGCACUCUGCCUCAGUUCUCCCUGAGUCCCACUCAUGGGUGCAGCAGAGCCCCAUCCACUCCACCGAUGUGGCAACACAUUCGCUAGCUGCCACCCCUGUCAUCCCUAGAGAGACUAUGACAAAUCCUUUCAAGUCAAACACAGAGAGAUCACCUCAACCCCUUUCAACAUUUAAGAGUGAUGUCACUGAGCUUCACUUGGGGGUGUCACACAAGUCUGCCAUCAGUGACAAUGCAGAUGAUGAUUUUGAUGACUGGGACUUGGACCUCAAAGAUUUAGAAGAAUGUGAACGUCUCGCAGAACGGAUUGCUCCAGUCAAAACUCUGCGCCCCACCAACAGUAGAGUGACUGAAAGAGUGCUAACCCCAACGCCCCCCUACCUCGCCCCGAUGCGAACUAUUACCACCUCCUCGCCGGUUCCCAACUCUUUUUCCAAUACUCUUGGCAAGCCUCAGCAGGCGUCGUGGAGGACCCAGACACCAACCCACCCACCCCGGGGCCUCUUUGAGACCAUUUCCCCUGGGCCUUCCCCCUCUUCAGCUUUUAGUCACCACCCCCUCAGCACACCACUGCUGACCAACCACCUGGUUCAGCUGGUGUCUGCGUCCAGUAAGGUUUCCCGUAAGAGGCCUCGGUCGGAACCUCGGCCGCCCAUGACGCGGCGCUUCCCGGGCCCGGCUGGGCUCCUCCCACAGCAGCCACAAAGUGAGAGUCUAGAUGAGAUUGUGGUGUCCGUUUCCCACAAGCCUGCCCAUAAUGUGGCAGAACGCCCUCCAAAGCAGGUUUCCAGCUCCCAGUCCGAGGAAGAGGAGUUCAGCAGUGGCCCCUGGGCGGCAAUGAAGGCUGAGAUGGGAUUGGAUGAGCGAAACCCAGUGUGCUUUCUGCGUUCUUACAGCGUGGUCAUGGUGCUCCGCAAGGCGGCUUUGAAACAGCUGAACAAAAACAAAGUCCCAAACAUGGCUGUCAUGCUCAAGAGUAUCAACCACACCCACACUGAUGCAAAGGCUGUGUUCAAGGAUCCUACAGGUGAGAUCCAGGGUACGUUCCAUCGGCGCCUUCUGGAGGAGCGCUUGGGGGAACUGAAGGUUGGUGCUGUGCUGCUGCUAAGGCAGGUGGGUGUUUUCUCCCCCUCCCACCGCAACCACUACCUCAACGUGACGCCCAAAAACCUCCUCAGGGUCUAUUCGCCAGAUGGAAUGUGUCACACAUCGGGGCAGCUACCCCCACUGAUUCUGGAGCCGCCAACGUCACCAUUGCCCACCGACAGACCGGUCUCUUGCAUGCAGCUAAUGUUCGACGAGGAUGACUGUGAUGAUGACGGCACAAAAUUCAAUGAGGAAAACCCGCAAAAUUCAAGCUGGGAUGCAGACGACUUGGAUGAGCUCCUAGUGGCGCUCCCUGAGGACCCAGCCUUUGACGGGAACUGAUGCAUCACCGCUGACCUAUGUUGAUAAUGGUAAAAACAUGCCAAAAAAGAAAAAAAUUGGGUUGUUGUUGAAAGCUACCCCAGGUUGUUAUUUCUGUUGGUAUUAAUUAAAACAAAUACAU